AUGCAAGAUGGCGUCCUCAGACGAAAUCUACCGGUCGCCAGACCACAAGGUCGCGUUUGUCGUGAAAACGACAGAUUUAGCAGGGAACUUGAGUUCCAGAGCUCAGAGUUUACUUACGAAGUAAAAAUUCCAGCUAUUUUCGCCACGUUUUGUAACUCAGAACAGGGUUCACCUGGUAUUCAGAGUACUAUUACUGUUCCAGAUGAUACUCCAUUGUGCUACUUCAAAAUUUUUUCCAAUUUAAAUCUUUUAGAAAUAAUAACGGCACAAACAAAUCCAUAUCAGGAACAAAACUCUGAAGGCCCGCGAAAAAAUAUGAAGUCCUGGGAACCUCUUACAGUUGAUGAAUUACGGUUUUUUCUUGGAACAACAAUCAAUAUGGGACUCGUUCAAAAAGGUGCAAUUCAAAAUUAUUGGAGCACAGAUCCUCUGUUGAAAACUCCAAUUUUUAGAAAGAUCAUGCGUCGAAAUAGAUAUCUCCAAAUCUUGCGAUUUUUGCAUUUUUCAAACAACGAAGAAAUAGUGAAUCAUCCUCUCAAAAAAUUGAAACCUGUAAUUGACGAUCUAAGAGAAAAAUUUUCAAAUUCUAUAUUACCAGGACAGAAUCUUUGUAUUGACGAAAGUUUAGUUUUAUGGAAAAAGAAGCUGUACUUUAAACAAUUUUUACCGUUGAAACAACAUCGUUUUGGUAUCAAAUUGUUUGAACUAGUUGAUUGUAAAACUGGAUUUUUGAUAGAUUUCAUUGUAUAUACAGAGUCAGAUACCAAUUACGAAAAGUUUGGUGUGGGUAUUACUGGUGACAUUGUAGCUUAUUUCCUAAAAACUUUUUUUAACAAAGGUCACGUCAUUUAUAUGGAUAAUUGGUAUUUAUCUCCAGGAUUAACCGAAUUUCUACAUGACCGUGACACAGGAAUCUGUGGAACUGUGAAGAAGAAUAGGAAAUUUAUGCCAAGGGUAGAGAAUAAACUAAAUACAGGUGAGAUUCAGGUCGCACACAAUGACGUCUAG